AAAAAAAAAAAAUGUCGUGAAGCGCGGUCGGCGGGGCCUGCGGCGGAGAGAGUGACCGGGCCCGGCUCCCCGCUCUUAUAUGCCCCGUCCCCCGGCGGCUUCCUCCCCCUCCUGCUCCAUGUGGGGCCCGGGCCGGGCUCUCGGCCUCUCCUCCUCCUCCUUUUCCUCCUCUUCCUUCUACUAUGGCCCGGAAAACAGUUAGCAGGAAGCGGAAAGCGGCGGCCGCCGCCGCCGCGGGGCCCGGGGGGCUCCAGGGGGAGCAGUAUGGGUGGGAUCACUUGGCUCACAAAAGGAAAAGACUCCCCCCGGUAAAAAGGUCUCUGGUGUACUACCUGAAAGGUAGAGAGGUCAGGAUGCAGAAUGAGUCCAGCUAUCACCGCUUGUUGCAUGGAUAUGCAGCCCAGCAGCUUCCCAGCCUCCUAAAGGAGAGAGAAUUUCACCUCGGAACCCUUAAUAAAGUGUUUGCCUCCCAGUGGCUGAACCACCGACAAGUGGUGUGUGGGACAAAGUGCAACACUUUAUUUGUAGUAGAUGUCCAGACUGGUCAAAUUACCAAGAUUCCUAUUCUGAAAGAUCGUGAACCUGGCAUAGUGAACCAGCAGGGAUGUGGUAUUCAUGCCAUUGAGCUCAACCCCUCGAGGACCCUUCUGGCCACAGGUGGAGACAACCCCAACAGUCUCGCAAUUUAUCGUCUGCCUACACUUGAUCCUGUCUGUGUGGGAGAUGAUGGACAUAAGGACUGGAUAUUUUCAAUUGCGUGGAUCAGUGAUACUAUGGCUGUUUCUGGUUCCCGGGAUGGUUCGAUGGGUCUCUGGGAAGUCACAGAGGAUGUGUUGUCCAAAAGCGAUGCCAGGCAUAAUCUCUCUCAAGUUCCUGUCUAUGCUCACAUAACACACAGGGCUCUGAAGGAUAUCCCCAAGGAGAACACCAAUCCUGACAACUGCAAAGUCCGAGCAUUGGCUUUCAACAAUAAGAACAAGGAGCUGGGAGCUGUGUCCCUAGAUGGCUAUUUUCAUCUUUGGAAAGCAGAGCACACGCUGUCAAAGUUACUGUCCACAAAGUUGCCAUACUGCAGGGAGAACGUGUGUUUGGCUUAUGGUCACGAAUGGUCAGUGUAUGCAGUAGGAUCGCAGGCACACGUCUCCUUUCUGGAUCCCAGGCAGCCUUCUCACAACGUUAAAUCCGUCUGUUCCAAAGAACGAGGCAGUGGUAUUCGAUCGGUGAGCUUCUACGAGCACAUCAUCACAGUGGGAACGGGGCAAGGUUCCUUAUUGUUUUACGAUAUCAGAGCCCAGAGGUUCCUGGAUGAAAAGCCCCCACGUGUCUGCUACGGACAGAGGCAGAAAUUAGGAGGAAGUGAAAUUUUGAAGCUGACUACUGGGAAAGGCUGGCUGAAUCAUGACGAAACCUGGAGGAAUUACUUUUCUGACAUAAAUUUCUUCCCAAAUGCUGUUUACACCCACUGCUACGACUCGUCUGGAACGAAACUCUUUGUGGCAGGAGGCCCCCUUCCAUCGGGACUUCAUGGGAAUUACGCUGGUCUCUGGAGCUAAUGAUAACUCCUUAUAAAAUGCUGAUCUUUACACAGAUUCCCACUUUUCUUUUCCUUUUUUUAACAAAAGAAUUGUGUGAUGCCAUUGAUUGCGGAUUUAAAUGCAAGUUAUUUUUUGGCAGAGUUUUCUGUUGGUCUCCUGGUUUUGUACAUCUUUUUGAACCAGUUUUUUGCUUUAACCUCCUUGAUCCUUUAUAUGAAGGAAGUUUUAAAUCCCUUUUUAUUGUAUUUACUCCAAAUGACUCUUCCCCCACAUUUAGGCUAUCUUGGCCAUGUGCCCCCUCCCCUACUUUGCUGUGAGGUAGGAUUCCUUUCUUAUAGAGUGGUUGCUCCUGGGCUUUCUGUGAAAGUCUAGGGGCUGCAAGUGUGCAGGUACUUUGUGUCAGUUACAUUACCUGGAAUGAGGACUACUUGUAAUUAAAAAAUAUUAAAAAUAUUUAUAAGAGAUAAGCUACUACUUUAUCUGCAGAGCCUGGCCCUGGCCUGGGUUGAUCUUAUUUUUUAAAAGUACAAGUCUAAUGACACUGUUUAUAUAUAGAGGGAUAUGAUAAUAAUAAGCUGCACUCAUUGGAGCCCAGGGAUCGGUUCCCCAGGGGUAUUGCCCAUCAAACCUAAACUGCAGAAGUCCUGCAGAACUGCAGGAGUUCUCAAAAGUGCGUUUGUAUUUGAACUGUAGUUUUCAGCAGUGCCAGGAGCAAAAAUUGAUCUUUUGUUCCUCCCCUGCCUCUCCCAGGUAUCAGCUUGCACACUGGAGUAUGAGUGGGCUGUUUUGCAGCAUGACUGUUGCAGGGUGACAUUACAUUGAGGGCCUGCAGAGCUGCUGAGAUGAAAUGGGGGCUGGGUACGUGAAUGUUCUUGUCAUUCAAAAUUAACUAAAUCUAUCCAUUUUCCAGAUGAGCCAAGGUUCCUGAGUAUGCUACUGUGGUAGCUCAUGGGUUCUUCAUAAACUGCCUAAAACCCAGGGCCUUUUUUGUCCCAGGUUGUAGAACUUUUACCCAUUUUUGCUGUUCUGGUUGGCUGUCUCCUGUAAUAAGCCAAUGUAAUAAAUAAACUGUUUUUUUCUUGAAGGUUAAAGAGUGCAUCUUGGAGGUAACUAACGCAAGCUAGAAACUUUCCACGUGGCAAGGUAACUUGCUGUUGGCUCACGUUGCGCUAGCAUCACAUUGCCCUAGCAUGUGCUGUCACCUUGCUUGCUACAGGAGAGACUCAGUCUUUCCCCAAAUGCCCUGCUUCCUCCUGCAUUCAGACUCCCUUGAACUUCAUGUGGGACUGGGUGGGGAGAAUAGGUCUGAUGCCCUUCAGGUCCAGUUGUGAAGCAUGUGCAUUACAGGGUGAUGGUGUUACCUAAUAUUCAGAUAAAAUCCAGGACUCCAGGGCGCUUCAUCUAGCCUUUUGGCAGGCACUACACUCUCAGCUUGUUACUGAUGCCUCUGUCCUACUGGGAUGAAUGUCUUUCCCCUGCCUGUGUCACCAGAGGAAUAGAGAGUGCCUGUACCUCACUGCUUUGGUGCCAAAUCGGCAGUUGGCUGAAGCUGAGAAGAAAGACAAGGCUGGGACAUGCUCUGUUCUCCUGUCCCUGCUGGAGAUCACAGCCACUAGAGUAGCUCUAGUCCCUUACGCAGUUCCUGCCAGACAGCCUACAGCUAGUCUGCAUGUGUCCUUGUGGUCCCUCUGGUCUUUGUACUCAGUAUCUUCAUCAGUAACGCCAAGCAGUGCGCUGCAGGCUUACUUUCUAGUUGGUAGUGGACACUUGGAUGGAAAUCCUGCAAGGAAUGCAGUUCCCUCCCAUCCGGUGGAAAUCCUGGCAAUAGAAGAGCUCUCCCAGACGUGCACUUGUUCCAGAAGUAUAAUUUACUCACACUGAGCACUGACACAGGUGCUUCACAAAGAGAUCUUGCAGCGUUUCAUAAUUCUACCUCCCUUGUGGGCUGGUUGCUUAAAACCGAAUCAGUUCACGGCGCUGCAUGAGUGGCUCUUCAGGCUUUUCUCUGAAAAGGGGCAAAUUAUAUACCAUGGGGUAGCAAAGAGCUCUCAAAUCUUACUUAGAGUUGUUCAUUGUUUUUAAAGGUGUUGUAAUAGUGCCUGUGUUGUUCUGUGAGGGCAUCAUACUGCUUUGGUUAUUCUAUGGGUUUUGAAGAGUGGAAGUAUACAGAGAAAAACAAGUCUUGGUAAAGUAUGGCAGCUUGUGUAUUUCUAGGAUUGCUCCUUCAGCUACUGUGUAAGGUCACUCUCACACGGGAACAUGUUUUGCUUAGUUUUUUUAUUUGGGUUUGGUUUGAGGCACUGCUUUUUUUUUGAAGAAGAAGAAGAAACUAGACACUUGAGUCUACUUCAGUGUCCUCCAGCUCUGCUGAAAUGACAGUUACUAGUUAGGCACUUAGUGUCACCAGUGCCGAAGGAACUCCUGGUCUGGAAAUCCUAGUCCUGAUGUUGAUCUAUUAAUGGAAGCAUAUCCCAGGUCUGGGUGAGGGGGUAAGAAAGGGUAUUUGAAUGGACUGAACUUCAGCUUCUGAACACAGAGGCUGAUCUUUCUGCAGAGUCAUUGUAGUCUCUAGGUUACUGAAGAGGCACCCCUGGGAAAUAUCCCUCCUUGCUGACUCUGAUCUCUCCAGGUAUCUCAAAGUACCUCCUAAAGCCUGGUAGCGUGAGUGUCCUUUUCCUCCUUUUUUGUCUGCUUAGGAAGCUUUGGGCGAUUCUCAAAAGAAUCUGGACAAUGAUGGAAGAAUUCCUCAAGUCUGACAGGCAUCUGCAUAUUCUGCUUUCGGGGUGCUUUCUUGCAAAGAUAACUUCUCAUGGGGAAGGAGCCAUCCUUGUUGCUGUAUGAAAUAUCCGCCUCCCCCCACCCUUCCCAAAAUGGAAAUGAACUAGAUAGUGCUACAAGCACACAAAGAAAUUAGGCCAGAGGGAACAAUUUCUACCCUGUUUCAGUGGUUUUAAAUGCUUGUAGCGAUACAGAUGUUAAGUUUCAGAAUAUUUCAUUGUUGGUCAAUGUUUCUUCAUGUUUCCCCUUCCUUGUUCUUUCCCGCCCUCCUGAACAGUCAGUUUGGGGUUGCCUCCUCCCCCCACCAAAUCAUCCCAGUCUUUACUGUAGCAAUAUUGUACUUGCAGAGCUGACCUCUGUCUGUCAGAAAUGGGCUCGAUGGCUUUUCGUCAAGCCAUGCUUGAGACCUUCAAUUUGCUCUACUUUAUCUGGGUAGACCUUUGAGGCUGGCUCAGAUGGUAGAACUGGGCAGUUGCCUUUGUACACAUUUGACUCAUGGGAAGAUUACACAGUAACGGUCUGUUCCUAGGGGGACAACAGACUCUGGUUUAUCUUGCAUUAAGCACUUGAAGGAUAAAAAAUAACUCUAAUCAUUCCUUCAGACCUUCAGACUUUUCUUCCUGGCAUUGACUUUUCAGUCAUGUGGGAUCUUUUGUGCUGCUGGUGAGUGUGGGAAGCAGUUAGUUUUACAACUCAGCUCUUUAUCAGUAGACUGCCAUGUUAGUUUGGGUAUCUUUGGGUAUUACAUUUUCAGUAAUCAUAAUCACAGGUAAUCAAACUUGUGACUUAAUUAUCAGUUCGCUAAUACACAGCUUGUAAGUACUGGGUAGCAAUCCCUCAGUAACAAUUGGGUGUUACGUGAUUGACAUUCCUAAGAAAGCAGAAGCUACCUUGCAGCGUCGGCGUGAGCAAAGCAAUGAGGGUGGUGCUCACCCUCCUCACCAAACUCCUUAUUCCUGGUUAUUCCUCCUGCUUUUUCUCCGUUGUACAGUCAAGUCAGCCAGGGGAAAUGCUAGUGCUUUCCUCGGGUGCUUUCUGGGAUUGUGGUAAAGAAAUUAGUCCAUUUGUUGGGUUCCCUCAUCAGUGCUGCUGGUGUUAGCCCAAGGUGAGUUAAUUACCAAAGAAUAGUUAAUAGGUGUUUGUUCCUAGUCUCAGUUGUUCAUUUUCUGCAGAGAUCCAUUUUUAAGAUUCAUUGCAAGAGUGCCCAGUGAUCUUACUGGACUUAGUCUGUCCACAAAGGUUACAUUCAUAUUGUGGGGAUAUAUUUGCUGCCUCCAUUUCAAGUUGUUGGCAGCUUUUUUUGUAUCGUAAGGAUUAGGAUACUUCUGUAUCAGUUGUUCUUCUCCAAAAUUUUAUCCUCUUCCUUGACCUGCGCACUUGCUUUGUAUAUAGUUUGCAGCUGCAGAGUUAACAGAUUAAAGUUAUGAUCCAGCUAUGUGGAGUGGUGGUUUAAUGUCUUAAUGUCUGCCCCUCAGUUGGGAGGCACUUGCUGACCUUGUGAACUAAUGUCCCUCACCUGGAUGCAAACGUGAAAUAAAGCAGGCUUGCCUAGACCCUUUGUGGAGGUCACCUGUUUUGUUUGUUUGCAAGAAACCAAGAAGAGAUGAGCUGUCAGUUGCUGCAUCUUGGUAAAGUGGCAGCAUCUUUCAGCAGCCAGGUGGGAACUCUGAGAUCUGCUUGUGGUGGUCUGAUACCCUUAUUUUCCAUAAACCUAUUUUUCCAAGGUGUCUGGGAAGUUCUUAAUUAGCUUCGCAGUUGCUGCUAUGACUAAAUUACCGAACUGGGGUACAUCUCAUUCCUAGGAACACUGUUGCAGAGCUGUGUGUGAUGCAGGCAGAGCUGAUCCUGGACUCCUGUGCUAGCCGGUCACACGCUUUCUAGCUUAAAGCCAAGUGAAAAUCCCUGUGUGCGCUACUGGCCACCCCAGUGGCAGUGCCCAUAGUGUAACCGCAACUUAAAAUGCAUUUCUGAGUGUGGCAGUGCCUUCAGUAACUCAUUUGAAAGUCUCUGAAGCACAGCGACCAGGAAUUUGCCCAUGUUGCAGACAAGGGAGAGUGGAAAGGGGAACACAGCCACAUCUUGUCUGAAGGGAUCUCCUGCGUGUGCUCUCCCUUGCCUCUGCAAGCGGGCAGUUUGGGGUGCGGUGAGGAUGGGCAAGGGGGCACGAGAGACAAGGUGAAAGCCCAACACUGUUUGGUAUUGGUCUCAGGACUCCUGGGGAAUUUAAAAACGUAGAGGGGAUAUUUGUUCAUUGCUCAGGAGGUACUUGUGAAAGGGCUUAAUCAGAAACAUUUUCAGAGAAAUAAAGUAGAUAUCCCUGCCAUUCUUUUUUUUUACCAUGUUAAUGUUCAAGGAUUUAAAUUAGGAAGUAUCUUUUUUGCUUGUGGUGCUGGAUUUCUUUAAUGAAAGCAUGUAACUCUUGGCUAACUAAAAGAAAGUUCUUGACAGAAAUUAAUCUUCCCAAUGAAAAAUUGAGUGCCAUUUUCUAGUAUCCUGCUGGGAGUGGUAUGGGCUAAGAAAGUGCACACAGAUCUAAACCAGGGUGCCAGGGUUGGCAGAGUUGGGAAAAUGUGGUCUGCCUGAUCAUUUCUAUAUCCAGAAAAUCACCAAGUAAAACCCUUGACUGUACACAGAUUCUGGUCAUUAGACUGAAACUGAGAGGGUGUGUAAAAACCCUUGCAACAUAGUACGAUGUAUCUAUAGUCCUAGAUGUUGAUUCUUUGACCUCAGAACAAAAAUCUAGGAGUCAAUAUGCUGUUUUCCUAGGAACUGCUUUUCUAGAUUCCCUUAUUAAAAGGGAAAAUUCAGGUGCUGAAUCUUAAAAUCUCAUUAAACUUGUACUUUUUAUUUGCCCAUUCACCUGGUCUCCUUUCCUUUUCAAGGCCUCCCACAGUCUCAGGGUAUAUGAAUCAUUAUGACUCAUCCAAAUAAUACCGAAAUGGACCAACCAGAGGUUAAUGUGCCUUCCUCUUCUGGUACCUUGAUCUUUGUAAAGUUAUGUCACAAACGUGUCACUGUGUUAGGGCUGGGUACAUGCAUUGUCUUUUUCUAAGAUGUACGUAUUAAAAGUUGCAACAGGUUUGUACUGUUACUUGUGACUUUUCCAUUUGUUUUAGGGUGUGGUGUAGACACAAAUCAAUACACUGGUUUGUCUUGGGAUCAGUCUUACCUGUGACAUCUGUCAGUGCUUGCUUGUAUGUUAAUGUGUACACAAAUGCUGGAUCUUCCCCAUUGCCUAUGAUGUACUUAUAUGAUGCACAAACUACACAAGGUGUUUUAAAAUGUGCGGUGAUCACAACUUGUUGCCUGAGGGUAGGAUGUCCUACAGUGCACUCUUUUUAAUGGUUUUGGGGUUUUGUUUGUUUUUUCCCAAAUACACUUAAUAAGAUCCAAAGCCUUGGAAAAAAAAAUAUAUCAGGACUUGCUGAUAUUUGCUGGCUUCUGUUCUAAAUCCAGGGUCUGAUGUUUGUUAACAACUCCUGCAAUUACACCCAUUUAACAGAGCCUUUCUCAGCGUGCUGUUUCUGUCGUGAACUAUGUCAGAAACAGCACUGGAUGCUGAACUAUCACAGAAGCUGUCAAGUGAAGUAGUAACAGCUCCCUUCAGAUGUUACUGUGCACAUUUUUAACUGUAAGGUAAAACUGUUCAAAAUUGCUGGUGCAGCUUGCAAAUGGAACAUUGGGAAACUGCAGAUAAUAUGCAAAACCAGCCUGUUGGUCUGCACAAGCUCAGUGUUCGGAGUUACCUUGUAAAUUGUUUCUCCUCUGAAAAGUGAUAUUUUUUUUUUCCCAAUACAAAGACAUUACACAUGUGGCCUUGUUUUCUGAACUGGCAAAGGAUAUCUUUGUUCUUAAACUGACAUCUGGAGUCUGGGCUGAGUUUCCAUCUCUUACGCAGCUAGCAGAGGAUGGUGUGAUUGAUACAAGAUGUCCCUUCCCAGCUGUAAGGUUAAUUUGAUCAUAAGAGCGUGGAAAUGGGAACACUUCUUCACUUGCUGUGGCCUUCAAUGGGCAUGCAUACCCAUAAUUAACCGAAGUACAGUACUGCAUUCUGUCGAUCCGUUUCUAGAAUCAGCACGAUUAGUCAUCAAUGUAUUGACACUAAUACAUGGUCAAGGAGCUCUAAUGUAUGUGUAUUUCCUGUGCUAACUGUAUCUGUUCUAAGUCUCCAGUGCAGACUUAAUCUGGAGUUCUCUUUUUAGUUCUUGCUAACUUCAGAGUUUCUUCAAAUUCAGUAAGGUCCUGUUUUUAUUAUAGUCACUUUUCAGAGCAGAACAGAUUGGUUUAACUUUGUUUUGUAAUCUUUAGCACCUUUCCCUUCUCCCAUUUCUUCCUAAUCCACCUUUAAUAAUCAUUUCAAAGCUGUUUGCCUAGUCUGAAAAAUACCGAGUCAUAAUAAAAAAAGAAAACCUGUAGCCCAUUGUAGAAAGAUCACUUUGUGCGUUUACCGUAAACUUCAGUGGCUGACUAAACUGUCUGGCUGUCUCAGGAGUGGAGUUCCCACUCCUGUGCAGUCUACAGGAGCUGAAAUUCUUUUGCAUCCAUGUUGUACAGUGGAUGUCAGCAGAUCGGGAAGUGGAGGUGCCCUGCGUGUGCACCCAGUGUCUUUGUUAAACUGAUCAGGGGUGGUUUAGCCAACAGAGAACUGGCGUCUUUGGCUGCAACUCAAUGUCAUAACUAAAGAUUUCAUCGAUGCAUCACUGACUUUCUGCAGACUUGAUCCCAUUUAAAGUCUCUUUUUACAGACUUUUUUUGCCUUUUGCAUAUUUGGUGGAUUAUGAAAAAAAUGUGCUAUUGUAGGGAUAUGAGCUAACUCUGUCCUAAAGAGGCAAAAGUAACUAUAAUGAGCUUUGGCCAGCAGUAAUGCCAAAGGCUGGCUGUGCUCAGAGAUGAGCUGGUAAUGGAGUGUUUGAGCAAUGGAAGCCUUGAGGGUCUGCUCCAUCAUGCCAUAUGCUUAUGUGACUGCAGAUUAGUUGCUCACAGAGCUUGCGAAACUGCUGGUCACCCUUCUUCAGAUGAGAUGUGAAGAUGGCGUGGGGAAGAACCAGUUUCCUCAGUGGUCACUUGCUCUCCCCCUUCAUCCCUCAGUACCAGUGAGUACCAGUACUCACCAAUGCACUUGUCUCUGUUUUCGUGACUGAUGAUGACUAGCAUGUUUUACAGCUGCCACCAGCCACCUCCACCUGCUUCCUGCUGGGAUGAUGGAAUGAAAGGGACUUCUCUGCAGCUCCCUCCACAUGUUUGGUUGUUGAAUCAGCACGAGCUGUGCCUGCAAGGGUGUAACAGGCCAGCUGAGAUUUGCAGCUUGAGUUGGCUGCUCUCAGCUUCUUUCACAGUGCAGGUGUGAUAGUGGGACCAUUGUGAAAGGGUGUGGAUCAGUAACUUCUAACGGGCUCUAUCACUCUGGUUCAAAAUGCUGUGUCCAUUCUCAGCUUCUCGUCCCGGCCUCGCUCCCAUCUUGCCACCCUCUGCCCCUCGGGACUCAAGCAGGUUCCCUGUCCUCUCACAGCUUACUAGUUCAGGUACCAGUUCUGCAAAGCCCAGGUGCCCUGUUCAAGCCCUGCUGCAGUUUACUGGCUUAGGCAGCAGCUUGCUGAUGCGGGGCCUUGCUCCCAGAGUCCCUUAUUCAUUAGACUCAGCCCUGCAUAUCCCUGGACUGGUAUCCCCUUUCGGUCUGAAAGGCUUUGCUCCAAACUCAAACUCCAAACCCGAAUUCCUGCCCCAUGGAGGAGUUGGUUCCUGUACUGCUGGCUGUUUCAAUUUGUUGGAUUUUAUUUUUCUCGUUGUUUAUUCUGGGGUUCACUGCAUGUGUAUGAAAUCCUACUGACUUUCUCAACUCCCCUGAAUGUGGUACAGGGGCCCACCCUGUGAGGCAUCAAAUUAUUUGUCUACUUCCAAGGUGCACAGAAACAAGGAUCUCUCACACAAACAACUUUUAGGGAGGAAAAGCAGCUGGAUGUACACAAGUGGAAAGGUAUCUCUGGGUAGAAUAGGUGAGGGAGCAUUUUAAAAAUUUUAAAGAGAACAGUAACUGAUUUUUUUUGUUUCUUUUUUUUAAAAAAUUGCUUUAACAGGGUGUUUGUCUGUGUUCUAACCCACAGAAAGCUGCAAUGUAAACUGUGGUUUUCUGUUCAUCAAUGCAAAAUGUGCCUCUCGACUAUAAUGCAAAAGUCAGUCUCUUUCCGUUUGCAGUGGAAGAAGUCUAGCUGAAGACUGAUCUAAUGUAUUUCUUGCUCUUACGUGUAAUCAUCCACACGACAGUCCCUGCUGGUCUUUCCCAAGCACCAUACAGCACUAUCCCUAUUUAAAAGCAAAACAGGGAUUUCAUUGAGCAGUGGAACCUGCUGAACUUCCUUGGUUUGAGAGAGACUGGAGAGGAGAGUCCAGGUUCCGUGUGUUUUAAAUACAACUUUAAACCAAUGCAGCUACUCUCUCAGAUCAGCACCACUUCCUACCUUUCUGUCCGUUCAGAUGGGAAUAUAAAAGUAAACCCAGCAAUAUGCGAUCCAGUUGAUGUGCUUGCAGGUGAAACAUGGGGUUCUUGAAAUUUGAGGACUGAGAUUUCGCGUGUGGAAGAAUUUGGGGUGUGGGUGCGAGAGCUUGGAUCUCGGAUUACAGCACUUCUGCCUGCUUGCUAAAUGCAAUAGAGUACUCUGGACUCUUGUGAAGAAGACUCUGGUAGAAGAGCUGUGAAGGUGUAGACUGGAACUGAUCAUUUUAGGUCAUCUGUGUGUUGCUUGACUACAUGGACAAUGUAACAGUGAUUUUUUACAGAUUGCUUUUCAUGUGUCAGUCACAAAUAACUCUUAAUUUGCUGUUUGGAGGAAAACUGUUAAUAGAUACAUUUCCAGAUCAAAUUAAGAGCCUAAUUUUCCAUCUUGCAUUAACCGGGUUACUGUGUUGACAUGCCAGAAAGAUGUUGCUCUUUGAAAAAGCAUGUUGGUGUAUGUGGCAAUGACCCAUGCACUUUUUAAAUACCUAGUUCUGUACAUUCUCACCUGAGUAUCGUUAACCAUGCUGUAGUCUGACAAAUGGAUCUUUUACUACUGCCCUGUUAUAUAGAUAAUUGUAAUUAACUGCAGUUUGUUUUUUCCACUACUUGAAGUUGUGUGAUCUGAAAACUGGUGAACGAAAAGUAUUUGUGCAUCUUACUAUGGGUAUCUCUAAAUAAAAUGUAUUUGUAUAGUG